AUGACAGUAACUAAGAAAAUAUUAUGUUUGCCCGGGUACUUGCAGAGUGGAAAGGUAUUCGCUGAAAAGUCAUCAGGACUUCGUAAACUUCUUACGAAGAAGCUUAACCUCCAGUUGGAUUACGUAAAUCCGCCCAUCAUAAUUAAGAACAAAGAGGACUUACCAUUUACAAUAGCUGAAGAGCUGCAAGAUGCGGACCAAAAAUGGAAAUCUAUAAUUGACCAGGAUUGUAAUAGAUGCUGGUGGCAACAUCACGAUCCAAAUGUGUAUGAAGGUUUUGAUGAAUCAUUGAAAUUUUUAGUAGAAUAUAUUAAGACAAAUGGUCCUUAUGAUGGCAUAAUAGGAUUUUCACAGGGUGCGGCUAUGAGUGCAAUUAUAACCAAUGUAAUAAGCGAGUUACUUCCUAAUCAUAAAAGCUUUCAAAUUGCGGUCUUUUUCUCUGGGUUUGCAUUUACUGAGCCAGUUGACCCAUCCAAGGACAAGUUAAAUUUAAACUACCAAAUCGACGAUAUAAACGAAUAUAAGGCUAAGGUAAAGAUAAUUAACAGUUAUGAGAGAUAUUAUAAUAAUAUGGAUUCAAAUACUAAAAUCCUUAACAUACAUGGCUCUAAAGAUAUGACCGUUCCCGGUAUUCGGUCGCAGUAUUUGUCAACAACUUUCAACAAUGAGAAUUUGACAGAAUAUAUACACGAAGGAGGGCAUUUCAUACCAAAUAAGAAGCAAUUUCUUUCUCCAAUCAUUGAAGAUUUUAGAGAAAUAUUCGAUAUUAAAUCAAAUUUAUAA